ACUGGGGGGACCUCGAUGGGGGCCUGGGCUGAGUGGGGACCAGCGGGCCUCAGGUGGACAGAUUCGUCCCUGUGGAGGACAUGCCUGGUUCCUGUUUUAAGGCGCUGCCGCAUUUCUACCUGCGCUGUUGCCGUCGGGAUUUCGUUCUUUCUGGUGAUGUGCCUUUUCUACCUCGCGGAGGAGCCGAAACAGGAGGCGCACGAACAGGCUCUCCCCGAGGAGGAGAUCCCAGUGACGCUCCUCAUAUGGACCUAUCCGUUCGAUGAGUACCGACAGCUUCCGGACUGCUUGGAGUAUCAGGUCAGGGGGUGCACGCUCACAGACAACAGGAGCGCGUACCCUCUGGCUGACGCUGUGCUCAUUCAUCACAGUGAGAUUGCCGUCGAUGACGCGGAUCUGCCCCCAGAACCGCGACCCGGCGCGCAAAAGUGGAUAUGGAUGAACUAUGAGUCUCCCUCGAACACUUACAAGCUGUGGCACUUCGAGGGGAUGUUCAAUCUCACGAUGAGCUACCGGAUGGACUCGGACAUCUUUCUGCCUUACGGAUACCUAGUCCCCCAGGCGCGCGCAAACGCGCUCUCCAAAUCGUCCCGCUCCACGCGCCCCCGUGACCAGUUCAUAGCCUGGGUCAUCAGCAACUGGUCUGCGGCGCACGCGCGGGUCACCUUUUAUCACAAACUUCGUAGGUUUGUCCGGAUCGACGUAUUCGGUGGAGCAGGUCAUCCAUUACCGAGGGGAAACGGGACGGUGGUGCGGCUCCUCAAGGGGUACAUGUUCUACCUGGCGCUGGAGAACUCGCAGCACACCGACUACAUCACGGAGAAGCUGUGGAACGCGCUGAUGGCCGGGGCUGUACCGGUGGUGCUGGGUCCAUCCAGGCGGAACUAUGAGCGCUUCCUGCCCCCCGAGGCGUUCAUCCACGUGGAUGACUUUCCCACAGUGAAGAAGCUGGCCCAGUACCUGCUGAAGCUGUGGCGCGACCCGAUCAGGAUGAGGCAGCACCUGGACUGGAGAGGGGGCUACAGCCUGCACCAACCCAAGUUCUGGGACGAACACUACUGCACGGCCUGCAGUGCGGUGAGGAGGACCAGAGGACAGAGGGAUGCGGUCAAACACCUGGCCAGGUGGUUUUUCUCAUAAAGCUCCCUCAUGAUGAAGGAACAACAUAAUUGCUGCUUUCGGGUUAUAGGUUAAGCUCACGGACUCUAAAAGGCACUUUAUUAUUCUUUUUAUUAAAGAUUAUAGUUUUUCAAUAAUCUAUUCCUGAUAUGUAUUAAUAUCCUCACCUGAGUGGUCUUACGUUCAGCCGUAUACGGUCUAUGCGUUCAGCAUACAUUUGCCUAAAGUUCUUAAUUUAACUCACAAAUGAGCACGUUAUAUUUCCUGCAAUGUUCAUGUAUUCGUCUAAAUAAAGUUGCCAGUUAUAUAAUUAAUGCACUUUGCAGGUUCUGCAUGUAUAUUUGUCUGCAGUGUUCUUAGGGAUGAUCUGUGAAGAAUAAAACACACCAGAUUCUGUGAAAGCACAAGAAACCUUGUCCAGAUGUGCACAAAUGAGGUGGUAUAGCAAUAAAUCUGUUAAUCCUC